GGGAACACUGUACACUACCAAGGCAACGGAUAAGAACGGCAUGGUCCAUAAACUGCUGCGAUCAUCAUACCACGGAUUGACGCGGUUCAACCGAUGCGAGACUGCGAGAAGGGCAAUUUGGUGCACAUUCACUGGCCAUCGGUCAAUGAUCAAGCAAGCGCGGAUGCAAGCGGACAUCCGCUGAAGCUUUCUUGGUCGUACGAGAACGGUGUACUUACUUCCGUCAACCUGCCAAGCUGCUGUGCAACGGCGUAUGCAGUCUUGACAACCAUCGAACGCACGUGGGCUUCGCUUCUGAUAUUAGCCCACGGAAGCAUGCAUCUGGGACCUUGAGCUUCAAUUCUUGCAAAUGGGAUGUGCUGACUAUGUGUAUGCAACGGUACAGUGUUGGGGAGCGUAUGCUCUGCUUAGUCCAUUGCCUAUCUCAGAUA